CGAAUAUUGAUCUGGCAGCGUUUAUAAAGUGAAAGUAGUCGCAUGUUAUUCACUUCUAAAAAUGGCAAAAUCAAAGAAAAAUAGACAGAAAGACUUUCAAAAAGUAAAGCUUAAAGUUGGGAAAAAAUUACCCAAAGGUGACAAUGUUACAAAUUUGAGCUUCAAAACAAGGCAGAUAAAAUUGACCCAAAGAAUCAAGGUUGAUGACGGCCAGAAACCUGUGACAAGGAACAAACUCAGUUUACAGGAUUUAUUACGUCAGUGUGACCACCACAGCAGCACUGCACGUGUAAAUGCUGUGUGUGGAUUAAAAGAGAUGUGGACAACUCAUUAUAAUGAACUGAUGGUUUGCACUAAUGUCCAUGGGUAUGGUGUCAUUCUCAAGAAACUGGCUAACAUGCUUAUUGAUAAUGAAGCAGUUGUCAGGCACUCUGUUAUUAAUUUAUUUAAGAUGAUGCUACAAAAGCUGUCAGCAAAUAGAAAUGAUACUGGAUGUAGUGUCUUAGGGGGCAACUUGUUCACACACAUUCAUGCUUACAUGUGUUGUGCUAUGAACCAUGUACACGAAGACAUUAAGUUGGAUGCCUUGCUUCUUUUUGACUGCCUGUUAGAAACCUUUCCUACCUUGAUGAUACAGCAGACAGGUGAUUUGUUGAAAAAUCUUGUUGGUCUGAUCUCUGCACCAUCUUACCUGGGAAGCAAAGGUGAUUCAACCACACAAAAGCUAAGCCUUAACCCAGACAGCAAACUUCCAGCCAUGAAGUUUAGAACACGUGUGCUACUAAGGAUGAAACGAAUCUUUCAGGAAGCUCUCAAUGAUAACACUAAGCAAACACUGGAGUCGGGAUCUGCAGAUAAAACUUUCAAGCAAGGAACCUGGAGUUUGUUUAGUGAUAAUCCUAACUCAAAAAAUGAUACUUCAUUAACAACAGCCCAAGCUGCCAACAAAUUUAGUCUGCUCUUUUUUGGUGGCAGCCUUGAGUUGGAUGACUACAUCACAAAGCCAUCAAGCCUGAAGGCAUUUUUAAACUUGUCAAUUCCUGUCUUACUACAAUGCUGGAAGGAAGCUCGAGCUAGCAUUGAUGAACAUACAUCUUCUGAUAACUUGGUAUCAGCUGAUUCCUUAGAAGUUAUGUCUCUGGUUAUGUGCGUCAUACAACACAUGUUUGUUUUAUGCUUAUCUAGUCAAAGGAGAAAUGUGAACUCUCCCUCAGAAUUUUUCCCAACUGUUGAUCCAGAGCUGCUAGUAAAAAAUUACCUGACAGAUUUUGAAAAGCUUUUCAUGAACAAAUUUCCUUACUCUGUACAAGUUCUUCCUGUUGUUGGUAAAAAGAGAAAAAGAAGCAAAAGCAAUCAAACUGUGCAGAGUGACCCAAGUCAAUCUUCGCUUUUGGCUUUAAAUUUGGCUGUUUGCGACAUCAUGGCCAGCUUUUGUGCAGACCGAAAGUUAAAGCCUAAAAUUGAAUGGAUGAAAAAAGUUAAAGAUUAUAUUGUAAACUUCUUUAGAAGGUCGCCAGGUGUGGAACAGAGCAAGAUCUUAAUCCGGAUAUUAAAAAAUGUUUUUUCUAAUUCUCAUGUUGUUGCUCACUUUGUUCAAGCUUUAAAAUCAGCAAUGAAACACUACAAGUCACUGACAACAAAAGUACCCCAGAAGUAUUUGUUCUUUAAAUUGUUUUCUCAUAUUGGACAGCAUUGGGAUGGUUGGGAGACAGAAACUCAAGGACCUCAACCAAGGUGUAGAUAUGAACACAAUGCAGAUCUGUGCAACCUUGUGAAAGAGUUUUACCAAAGUUUACCUGAACUUCUACUACAUGUAAAGCAAUUAGAAGACAACAAGGUUUGGCUGAUGGAGAUAUUGACACUACUGAGACAUGGAAAUGGACUGAAAAUCCGAAGGUUAUAUGGUGAUACAUUUCAUGAGAAACUUUCAGAAAUUUUAGAUCCCCAGAGUGGUAUAAUGUGUACCAAUGAUGAAGAGAUUCAACAACAAAUGUGUUUUCUGCUGUCCUUUAGUGCACCCCUAACAAGGGAACUCCUGGUGCAGAUGUUGUGUUUAAUCAGACGGCCUCAAGAGAAACCUGUGUUACCUCAUCGCAAGUCCUGGAGUCUUGUCAGCCAUUCUAUUUAUAACAUCAUACAAAACAUGAAAAAGAACCUUCCGCUAAGUGACCAAGUUCUGUUCAACAAAAUUACACCAGAGCAGCGAGUUGUUCUGUCAGACUAUUUGAGGUUUUUGUUCUCUCUGCAAAUAGGAUUCAUUGCUGAAGAGCUAAACACAAUAUGCCCAGAAAGCAAAAAGCCCAGCAGUAAAGUAUGGUACAGUGUGGACUACACAGUACAAGGGGAUCAGUGGGAGAGACAUGCGGACAUAGCUAAUAUUGUUGCUAAAGAACUUUCCACAUUUUACAUUCCUGCUGAUACUUCCCAUGGGUUUGACACCUUUUCCUUUAUAGGAACCUUGGAACAACUUUGGAAAAAAAUGCUUAAAAGCAGAGAAAGAAUCCACAUCCUGUCAGCCUGCAGCCUGAUUGUCUUUCUCCACCAAGCAUCACUGGCUCACUGCGUGCUGAAACCUAGCCUGGAGUUCUACACUCAAGCCUCUGUUGUUGUGGCCUCUGUCUUGUCCAGUCUCUUUUCUCUGGACAAAUCUAGUGAGCAAAGCCCCAGGGAAGAAGUGGUUUGGGGCUUGAAAUCUGUUGUUACCAAGUGUUUGAAUAAUGAUUCACCUCUGUUGAAUUUGGUGCUGACACAUCUGACUGAGAGGUCACAAGGUUCUCAUAGUGCAAAAGAUUGGGAGAAGAAAGCUGCACAAACAGCCUAUGAUUUUUUGCUUUCUGAUGAAGCCAUUCAUGAAAGGGUUAAAAGUAAAAAUGAUGGUGAAAAUGAGAUGGAUACAAGCUAGCUGCACAAAUCAGAGACUUCUAGUUAUGAAUGAAGUCUGUUCAAGUCUUGUUACAUGAAUGUAAAUCAAUGGUUGUACAGUUGAAACAUAAUAAACAUAUUGGCUCUAUUA